AUGCAGCCCAUGUCCGCGCACCCGCGCUCUGGGCACACGUACGAGGUGAGUGCGAAGGGGGCGGAGGUGGGCGCGCGCAACGAGGCCGCCUGCAUGAACUACGAGCGCUUCACGCCGCGCAACAUCAACGGCAUCUUCGCCAUGCCGCACAUCGUUAACCUGCUGACCAUCACGCCGAUCUACUGCGCCGUGGUGUGCAUCGGCAGCGUGGCGUGGGGCAUCUUCUACUGGGACAUGUACUGCCGCCGCACGUACGAGACGGUCCUCGUCGCGCGACCGGAGGCGCUGCGUUGA